ACACUCGUCACAGUUCUGUCAAGUCACUCUAGGCACUGCUUGCGUAGUCAGCGUGUCCUCGGUCUAGCAGGCAGCCUAUUCCAGACCGCGCAUCCCAUCCCACACCGCUCCUUUUGAAAAAUUGCGCGCUGAGCCUCAGCAGCUAGUUCCACCAUACACUUAUACCUACAUCUUGGCGUCGAGGAGCUCAUCUGGAGAUCGACAUCCAUCAGGCGUCGAGCAGCAUGGGCUUCAAUUCUCCAAUCCCAGUGAGAUUACAAGACGAGACGAGAAAGGCGGCAAAGAUAUUGAGAAGCUUCACAAGUGGGAAAGAUGUGGAUCUUGACAAGAUCAUUCCCAGAGGUAUCCUUGAACGAGCGGCUGGAUUCGCCAUCUUCACCGUGGUCAAGGCUGGGUUUGUCAUUUCGGCGAGAGCGGGAUCAGGGAUCGUGAUUGCCAGGACGAGCGAUGGAGGUUGGUCACCGCCAAGUGCUAUCGGUCUGGGAGGAUUUGGGUUUGGAGGACAGCUAGGUGCAGAAGUCACCGAUUUUCUCAUCAUCCUUAAUAACCGAGCAGCCGUCACUACUUUUAUGUCUGCUGGAUCUCUCACCCUCGGCGGCAAUCUUUCCGUCGCUGUCGGUCCGCUAGGUCGAAACGCCGAAGGAUCAGGCGCCGUGAACUCGAAGGGCAACAUGGCCGCCAUGUACUCUUACUCCAAGACCAAGGGUCUAUUUGGAGGUGUAUCCGUCGAAGGAUCUGUGAUCGUAGAACGCCAAGAUGCCAAUCGACUGGCAUACGGUGGCAACGUCAGCGUCACUCAAAUUCUGACCGGUCAAUUCGAUGCUCCACCAUGGGCAAAUGUCUUGAUGGAAGAGAUCGGCAGAGUCACAGGUCACAGACAAGGCAAACGAGGGGAGUUUGAUGAUCUGAGGAACCCAGCUUCCAGAUCAAAGUGGGAAGACGAGGAGGAUGACGAUGAUGAUGAGCCUUGGUCGACACCGCCAAAAGUUGUCGCGAAUCGGGACCGUAGUGGGAGCAACGCCAGUGGAUACGCCUUUGGAGAUGGGAGAGGUGGUCUGGGGAAUACACCCUCCACUCCGCCUAAUCGCAGUCGAGCGAGUUCAAUCCUUCGGAAGAAUCCUGACCCUGGUCCUGGUUCCCUUAAUGGAUACGAACCGAACGACCGUUCGAGCCCGCGACCUGGUCUGGCGAAACGAGCCAGCUCGUUGAUCGGUUUUGGAAGCGGAUCAAAUUCCCCGAAGCGUCAGGGUCUGCCACCAUCGAGCGAGUCUUAUAACGCCGGAUUGACCUGGGACUCGGAUGGACCUGUAGGCUAUGGAGGACGAUCACGGAGCAGCUCCAAUGCAGCCCCGAUAGGUGAGGACGAUGCUGGUGAUUGGGGAAAAGGCACGCUUUCAAGCAACGGAGGAACAACGGCAAGAGGCGACACUACACGCCGGAAUGAUGCUCGGUUCGUCGAAGAGCGCUUGACCAGCUCUUUCGGGGCCCUGAGUGUGGGCAAUGGAAGCAGGAAUGGGACUUCGUCAGGCACUCGAUCUCGAAGUAAUUCGAAGCCGCCUGCAUUCAACAACAUAGCGGAGGAUGAGUAUAUCCCUCACGAGACUGAAUCUCGAUUCGCCAAAUUCGGUUCUCCGCCCGUACCAACCUCCACCAAACCAGGCCGAAAUUCGCGUCCUACAGCUACACAUGUAUCCGAUGGUGGACCAUUCGGCUCCGACAGUAUCGAACGGAGACCAUUUGAUGAUUAUUUCAACAAUGACACUCCGGAACCGGAUCCGUUCAACGGACCUAGUAGUACUCAUCGGACGUCAACGUCCGCGCCCCCUAAACCUAACCUUGGACUGAAAGCUGGUCUAGGCGAGGCGAAUGAUGGGUACGCGAGAGCCGUAGCGCUGUACGAGUUCAAAGCUCAGCAAAGUGGUGAUUUGGGAUUCGUCAAGGGAGAUGUGAUCAUCCUCAAGGACAAGGUUGGGAAUGGAGAGUGGUGGAAAGGUAUCAAGGUGACUUCAGGAGGAGGCAAAGAAGGCAUGUUCCCGAAGAGUUAUGUCGAAGUGGUGGAUCUGCCCAAGGACGUUAGGGGUGGAUUGACCAGAUCGGAGCUUAAAUCGAGGGUCGCCUCGCCUUUCGAGUGAGAGUGAGAGUGGACUGGAAUGGGUGGUUCGUGUGCGCUUUUUUCUGUACCCACUUGUCAUUGUGUAGCGUACGUACCAUUUUUCCUGUUUAUCGUCACUUUUGCGAGAUUGAUUGAUGUCCACAUGUGUCGUGCAUACAACGAACCUACAAGAAAAGAUUAUCUACUCCACUAUUAUUCUUCCUUCACCUGUUUAUCUAGAAUAGGCAGGCUCCCAGAUCGAAACACAGUAAUCCAGCACAUAGGGCAGCUGUAGCCCCAUCGGUAAAUCAGCUCAACAGAUU